AUGGCCGGGCAGGAGACCUACGGCAACUGGUUGGGUCCCCCGCCGGCGCACGCCAAGCGGCUGGUGAGACAACCAGGAAUUUACUCCAUCGCUGGAAAAACGACGCCCGUGGGUGACUUCAGACCGGCGUCCCCGGACAGCUUCGAGGACGAUUACGAUGACGUGUCCCUGUCGGAGUCGGACCGUGGCCACAAGCCGCCGGCGUCCGAUGAAGAUCUGCAGAGCCAGAGGAGCAAAGGGGGCACAGGGGUUUACAUCCUGGCGGGGAAACCGGCAUCUCCAAACCCUUCCCAAAAGGGUGACCCGGAGCCCGGAGGUGGCAGGGGACGGAGCCGCAGGAUGACGUCGGUGGUCGUCCUCUACGUCCUGGUAGCGCUCAGCUUCGUCGCGUGGACGCUGCUCUUCGCCCUGACCGUGGUGAAACAGAUGGAAAUCAUGGCGGAGUUAAAGCUCCUGAGGUCGAACUUCUCCGAGAACGAAGCCAACGUGCGACAGGGGCUGGCGGAGACGCGACGGGAACAGACGCGGAUGCGGAGCGGGAUGCACAAAUACUACGAGGAAUUGCAGGAUAUGGCAGCGCUCAUCUGCAGAUCCGUCCUGGACAACAAGAAGUGUUCGGCCGGCUGGAAGAUCUUCGAGAAAAGCUGCUACUCCUUCUCGACGGAGACGAUGAGCUGGGCGGACGCAAAGGAGAUCUGCGCCGAUCAAGGCGCUCACCUGGUCGUCGUCAACUCCGACACGGAGCAGACCUUCCUGAAGGACAAUAUUAACAACAGCAGCACGUACUGGCUGGGAGUGACGGAUCAGCUGGAGGAGGGCACCUGGGUCUGGACUAACGGCGAACACACAAGUAUUAGCUACUGGAACACGUGGAAGGAGAACAAAGACAAGGACCAGAAGGACUGCGGCAGCAUCGGACCCGACGGCAUCUGGAACGACGACAGAUGCUCCCGCUCCAACCACUGGAUUUGCGAAAAGUCCUGGAAUUGCUGA